GGCUGAAUUUCAAUAAAAUCGGUAUAUUAUUCAACACGUAUACAAAUUCAUAUUAAAACCUUUUAGACUGCAGUCGGUGUCAAAUUACACAAGCUGAGGAAAAUACUUAACUUUCAGAAUGACAGACAGAAAAUCAGUUAUUAAAAAUGCCGACAUGUCGGAGGAGCUUCAAACCGAUGCCAUCGAAUGCGCCACCCAAGCCCUGGAGAAAUUUAACAUUGAAAAAGACAUUGCUGCCUACAUCAAGAAGGAAUUCGACAAAAAAUACAAUCCAACAUGGCACUGUAUUGUGGGCAGAAACUUUGGAAGUUACGUGACCCACGAAACCAAACAUUUCAUAUACUUCUAUUUGGGUCAAGUCGCCAUUUUGUUGUUUAAAUCUGGUUAGAGAGGAUGAUGAUGGUUCAAUAUUUUUAUUUUUCUCAAUAUUUGCUUCUAACAUGCAAUGUUAUUGUUUAUUUUUAAACUUUUAUUUUAUUUUUGCUAAGAAAAACAUUUUUAAAUGCG